AUGGUGUUGUGUCCGCCCUUUCGCUGGUCCUCGAGGAGCAGGUUCGAUCUAACGACUGCGGUGCAAGAACGGCGUAAUGCCGGACGACGUGAGACAUUUUACGUACUUCCGGAAAGCAAUCCAGUCCAUUCAGGAGCAAAUGGCUCUUCUAUAAAUGGAACGGUGGCGACUUACAAAAGAAAUCAAUUACUUCCAAACGAUAUUGGUGAGCUAAGCAAAAAUUCAAGUUACAUGAGCGUUCAAAGUGACAAAGCAAGAGAAAGUAGCACCAAUAGAGACUCCGAUAGUGAAUUAUUUGAGGAUCCAAAAAUAAGCUCUGGACGCAAAACCAUAUCUGAGAUAGUUCAAAGCAACCCGGAGAGGCGCAUGCGACGAAAGCGCGGUAUAAUUGCUCCACAUGCACCCCUAGAUAGUGCCAGAUCGCUUACAGACCUACAGUAUGACAAGUACUCGAAAGAUGAAGUAUCUAUAGAACAAAUUAAAAAGGCUUUACUUGCAAACGAUUUUUUAAAAAACAUAAUGGAUGAAGAGCGUUUGGAGGCUGUUGUGGAGGCGAUGGGUCCCCAAGAAUUCCCCGCCGGAAGUCUCAUGAUACGAGAGGGAGAGAGCGGGAGCCAUUUGUAUGUGUCUGCUAAUGGUCAAUUCGAGGUGUUGAAGGGUGGACAAGUUGUGAAGAAUUUCGGACCCGGCGAAGCGUUUGGGGAACUCGCCAUUUUGUAUAAGGCUAAACGAUUUGCCUCGAUAAGAUGUAUAACAGAAGCAAAAGUAUGGACUUUGGAGCGACGAGUCUUUCAAAAGAUAAUGGUCCGCAGUGGUCGCCAAGAACAGGAAGACAAUAUGCGUUUCUUAUCUUCAGUACCACUUUUACAAGGAAUUCAUCCUAUUGAGCUUGCGAAAAUCGCAGACUUUCUUAAAAGGGAAUUCUUCGCGUCUGGAACAGCGGUGGUCCGCCAAGGAGAUAAGGGGGACAAAUUCUAUAUUAUUAGGGGUGGAACUGUGGUGGUGACUAAGCGUGAUGGUGAUGGUGGUGAGCGCCGAGUUGGGUUACUCCGGCGAGGAGAGUACUUUGGUGAACAGGCUCUGCUGCACGAGGACCGAAGGCUAGCCACAGUCACAGCUUUGCCACCUGGCGUCGAGUGCUUAACUUUACAACGCGGACCAUUCUCUGAACUAUUGGGCAAUUUAGAAGAACUGAAAAACAUAAGACACGCAGUACCACGACCCUCGCAACAAAAGAAGACUUCAGAAAUAAAAAGCGAGUACGAGUAUAUCGAAUUGAAGGACCUAGAAAUCGUGGGUACAAUGGGAGUUGGUGGCUUUGGACGAGUGGAGUUGGUUCAAUACAAUAAAGAUACUACGAAAACCUUUGCGCUCAAAUGCCUCAAGAAAAUAGAUAUGGUGCAGCAACAACAGCAGGAGCACGCUUUUAAUGAGAAAAAUAUAAUGAUGUCUUGUAAUAGCAGAUUUAUAUGUCGAUUGUACCGGACAUUUAAAGAUAAUAAAUACAUAUACUUCUUAAUGGAGCCAGUGUUAGGAGGUGACGUGUGGACAAUACUUCAAAAGCAACGAUAUUUCCCAGAAAACAUAGCUAGAUUUAUGUCAGCGUGUGUCGUUGAAGCCUUUCAGUAUUUGCACUCAAAGGAUAUAAUCUACAGAGAUCUCAAGCCUGAAAAUUUGAUGUUAGACAAGAAAGGAUACAUUAAACUUGUGGACUUUGGAUUUGCUAAGCGGAUAUCGUCAAAUAGCAAGACGUGGACUUUCGCUGGGACACCUGAAUAUGUUGCUCCCGAAAUUGUUCUAAAUAAGGGCCACGAUCGUGCUGUCGACUGCUGGGCUCUAGGAGUCUUCAUCCACGAGCUGUUAGUGGGCAAGCCACCCUUCCGAGCGGCUGGAGGAGAUCACAUGAAGACCUAUACAUUGAUCCUGCGUGGUAUUGAUGCAGUCUCCUUCCACCCACGCGUGCCAAAAUCGGCACAGCUGCUUAUUCGUAAACUCUGCCGCGCUGUUCCCGCGGAGAGACUGGGUUAUUUGAAGAACGGAAUCAUUGAUAUUAAGAAUCACAAGUGGUUCCUUGGCUUCGAUUGGGAAGGUUUGAAGGAAGGCAAUCUAAAAGCCCCAUUAAUACAGCCGGUGUCGAAUGACUUGGAUCUGUCCAACUUUGAGAAAUAUCCUAAGGAUAAACUACCGCCAGACGAGACGUCGGGCUGGGAUAUUGAUUUUUAG